CCAUCUACUCUAUAAAUCCCUCAAAAGUCGAGACACAACCUCUCAUAAACUGCUAACACUUCUCUGGUAUAAGCACAAUCAUACUUUUCGAGUUGGGUAAGAAGUGAGUGAUCAGACGUUAAUGGCGACGGCAAAAGAGCACAUUGAAGAAAUAAGAAGAAACAAGUUCUCCAUUGGAGGUGAAACUAAUCCACUCACUGAGGACCUUCAUCAAGCUGUCAAAAAUCUCUCUGCUGAGCUUUACGCUAAGGAUGUUCACUUUUUCAUGGAACUCGUCCAGAACGCGGAGGAUAACGAGUACAACGAAGGCGUGGAUCCUUCACUGGAAUUUGUGAUAACUUCCAAAGAUAUAACGGACACCGGAGCUCAGGCGACGCUUUUGAUAUUCAACAACGAGAAAGGAUUCUCCCGCAAAAAUAUCGAGUCCAUUUGCAGCGUCGGACGUUCUACUAAGAAGGGCAAUCGCAAACGUGGCUACAUCGGCGAGAAAGGCAUUGGCUUCAAGAGUGUGUUUCUCAUCACUGCGCAGCCCUACAUCUUCAGCAAUGGGUACCAGAUACGAUUCAGCGAGGAACCUUGCCAGCACUGCAAUGUAGGCUAUAUUGUACCUGAAUGGGUGGAGGCAAACCCAACUCUUUCAGUUAUAAAACAAAUCUAUGGGUCUUCUGCUACCCUUCCAGCCACAACUAUAGUGCUACCACUGAAACCUGACAAGGUGAAACCUGUUAAGCAGCAGCUUUCAAGCAUCCAUCCUGAAGUUCUUCUCUUUCUUUCAAAGAUAAAGAAACUUUCUGUCAGGGAAGACAAUGAGGAUCCCAGGCUUAAUACCGUUAGUGCUAUUUCAAUUUCAAGUGAGACCGAUUUUGUUAAGAAGAAGAACAUUGAUGCUGAAUCCUACAUGCUCCAUCUCUCAGCUGACGAAAAAUCUGGUAUGGGGGAAUGCAGUUACUACAUGUGGAAACAGAAGUUUCCUGUUAGGCGGGAGCACAGGGUGGAUAGAAGAAUGGAUGUCGAUGAGUGGGUAAUCACAUUGGCUUUUCCCAAUGGAGAGCGCCUCAACAGGGGAACCAGUUCCCCCGGUAUUUAUGCUUUUCUUCCCACGGAGAUGGUAACAAACUUCCCUUUCAUAAUUCAGGCCGACUUUCUUCUAGCAUCAUCAAGGGAGACAAUCCUUCUUGAUGACAUAUGGAACCGGGGCAUUCUUGACUGCGUCCCUUCUGCUUUUGUCAGUGCUUUCACAUCGCUUGUGAGAGCUAAUGAAGGUGCUCCAGUUUCUACUCUUACUCAUAUGUUUGGCUUUUUACCAGUCAAUGCAUCUCCUUAUCCAAUUCUUAACGACGUGAGAGAUUCCAUUAAAAGAAAACUGCUGGAUGAAAGUAUCAUUCCAUGCGAAUCAUACAUGGAACAACAGUUCUUCCAGAAACCCAAUGGUGUUGGUAGGUUGAAUCCUGCUUUCUGGAAUCUGCUGAACAAGGCGAGGAAGCAGGGGGUCAUAUUGCAUAACAUCUCAUCCCAUGGAAGAUUCAUCGUCAACUCUGCUUUUGAUAAGGAGAUGUACAACCACAUUUUAAACUUUUUGGAGGUGAAACAAGUUGACAAUGAAUGGUAUGCAAAGUGCAUUCAGAGUUCCAAUCUUGUUUUGGGUGUCUCAGAGGAUGUUUACUUAGAGCUUCUAUCAUUUGUGGCUGAGAAAUGGUUGUCUUCUUUCAAGACAACUGAGAUGAUGAACAUAAAUCUUUUGAAAUUUGUUGAUUUUGAUGAUGAUGUGGCCUUGUGUAGCAUAUAUGAGGCAUUGAAUGAUGAUUAUUCAUUGCUUUUGUCUCGGGAAUCUGGUCACAUCUCUUGGCUGAUCAACUGGAACUCAGAAUUUCGUUUUGCCAAUCAUCUUUUCUUUGCCAAAUCAACACAAGAAGCAGUCCGGAGUCAUUCUAAAAGGCAGACUGUUUUGGAUUGGCUUAGAGACGAGGUCAAUGUGAGCUCAGUAAAUGUGUACGACUAUGCUCUUCUGAUUCUUAACUCACUCGGUGAUGAUCAAAAACUUGCCGUGGCGUUUAGCCACUUCUUACAUCAGUCUCUUGCGAGAAAUUAUUUAUCUAAAGAACAAGUUGCUACUUUAUGUAGUAAAAUGCCGCUUGUUGAUAACUAUGGACAUGUUGCCAGGCAAAGGAAAGGGGUACUGGUGCCUGCUAAUGGAAGUAAAUGGGUGCAGUUGAUUGGUUCAAACCCGUGGAGAUAUGAAGGCUAUGUUGAGCUUGGAGAAGAUUAUUUGCAUUCCGGCAGCUAUGCUGGAGUUUGUACCAGCAAGAAAGAGCUUCUGGGAUUUCUCAAAAUUUAUGUUGCAGCUAUGGACAUUCCUGACUUACCUCCUCCUGAUGCAGCAAUUUCCAGCUUGUCUUCUCCACUAACCAAGGAAAAUGCAUUGCUGAUGCUAGCAUGGAUUCGUAAAAUGAAAAUGAAUGGGUUUUCCUUGCCUAGAAAAUUCUUGACCUGCGUAAGGGAGGGAAGCUGGCUGAGGGUAUCUCUGAGUGGUAGCCCUGGCUACAGGCCUCCAUCAGAAUCAUUCUUCCAUACUUCAUCAUGGGGACAUCUGUUGCAGAAUGGAUCAGUUCUUGUAGAUAUCCCAUUAGUUGAUCAGGGAUUUUAUGGCAGUGAAUUAAAACAGUACAAGGAUGAGUUAAGUACAGCUGGUGUCAUGUUUGAAUUUAAAGAGGCGUGUACAUAUAUUGGAGAACAUUUUAUGUCUCUGGCAACUUAUUCUACUUUAACCAAAGGCCAAGUGAUAUCAAUACUCAAUUUCAUCAAGUAUUUGAGGGAGAAAUAUCUCUCCCCAGACACCUUCAUUAAUAGCAUUAAUGAUAGAAGGUGGUUGCGGACUACUCAAGGUGAGAAGACCCCUCUGGAAUCUGUUUUCUUUGACAGCGAGUGGAAUGCUGCCUCACAGAUCAGUGACAUCCCAUUCAUUGACCAAAAACAUUAUGGUGAUGAGAUUCUUUCUUUUAGAACAGAAUUGGAGCUGCUUGGAGUGGUUUUUGGUUUCAGGCAAAAUUACCAGCUUGUAGUUGACAACCUGAGGUCUCCAGCACGCCUGGGUUGCCUGAGUUCUGAUGCUUUGCUCUUGAUACUUAAGUGCAUUCACCAUCUGAGGUCAUCUGACAAAAUAUGCAGGGCACUUAGGGAUAGCAAAUGUAUGAAGACCGUAAACAUGGGGUGCAAAUCUCCGGCGGAAUGUUUUUUGCUUGAUCCUGUGUGGGGCUGCCUGCUGCAGGUUUUUAGCAGUUCCCCUCUUAUUGAUACAAAGUUCUAUGGAAGCGAUAUCUUGUCAUAUAAAAGCGAGUUGCAGAAACUAGGGGUGGUUGUUAAUUUUGAGGAGGCAACUAAAGCUUUUGCUUCUAUUUUUAGGCAGCAGACAGCGAAGGGUGCCUUAAACAAGGAUAGUGCCCUUUCUCUUCUUGCAAGCUAUAGAAAGUUAAAGGCAGCCAGCUUUAAAUUUCCUUCAGAUCUUAAGAGCUGCUUUCAAGAGGUCAAGUGGUUGCGAACUCGAAUUGGUGUUGAUAGAGAACCUAAAGAUUGCAUACUCUUUGGUUCAGAUUGGGAAUCUAUCUCUUCAAUCUCUCUGUUACCUUUUGUUGAUGAUAGUGAGGCUCGGUAUGGAAGGGACAUUCAUGAGUACAAGGAUGAACUUAAGAGUAUGGGAGUUACCGUGACAUUUGCAAGUGGGGUAAAGUUUGUGCCUGCAAGCCUUCGAUUACCUGAAGACGCUAGCGUCAUUACUGUUCCAGUAGCAUUCUCGUUGUUAGACUGCUUGCGGAAGUUGGAGAUGGGGCAUAAUGAUGAUCAGAUUGCUAUGUUGCGGUCAAAACUUGCUAGAAAAUGGAUGAAGACUAAUGCUGGUUACAGGUCUCCAGAUAAGUGUUUGUUGUUUGGUCCCCAGUGGAAUACUCUCUUACAGCCAGAAGAUGGUCCUUUCAUCGAUGAAAAAUUUUAUGGCUCCAACAUAGGGUCGUAUAAGAAAGAGCUGAAGUCUCUUGGUGUUGUGGUUGAAAUUGGAGAUGGAUGCUCAUUGCUUGCCGAUUACCUUGAUUGCCAUUCCAGCAGCGUUACUAUCACUCGGAUUUACAAGUACUUGAGUAAGUUCAACUGGGAACCAACUAAAGAAGAUCCUAUAAACAUAUGGAUUCCAAAUGGUGAUAACGAUGGAGAGUGGGUGAAUCCUGAUGAUUGUGUUCUGCAUGAUAAAAGUGGUUUCUUUGGCCGGCAGCUGCAUGUUUUAGAGAAGCACUAUGACAAGGAACUGCUCAGUUUCUUCUCCAAAUUAGGUGUCAAAAGCAAUCCUUCUCUUGAUGAUUUUCUCAAGCUUUGGAAGUCAUGGGAAGAUGCGGACCGCAGUUUGUCACAAUCAGAGUGUCAAAUCUUCUGGGAGUUCAUUGUGAAGCACUGGAGCUUAAGAACCGAGAAAUUUCUAUCUGAGAACUUGUCAAGGCUUCCUGUGGGUUCAGGCUCGGACGGGCUAUUGAUGCUCGACAAACGUGAUGUUUUCAUUGCUGAUGAUCUCUAUCUGAAGGAUUUAUUUGAACAGUCUGCUUCUCAUCCCUUGUUCGUUUGGUAUCCGCAACCAAGCUUGCCAUCUUUGCCUCGGCAGAAGCUGCUUGAAAUUUAUGGCAAAAUUGGUGUUCGUAAUUUCUCUGAAUCUGUUCUGAAAAAUGGCUUGUCUUCUGUUAAUUGUGUUGGACUUGAGCAGGUGCAGCCAGAGGAAAUCUUCAUCGGAAAGGGUUUGAUUAAGUUAAUCCUUGGCUUCCUUGCUGAUCCUUCACUUCAAAUGGAAACGCGUACGAGACAUGAAGCUCUCAAAAGCCUCGUGGAUGUUAGUAUUUUUGUGACAUUGGAACCCAUAACCAUGGAUUACUGUCUGUCACUUUCUUCUGGUGAUGUCGUGAACGUCAAAGUGAGCCGAAUGAUGUGCUGGGAUAGAAAAAAUACAAAGAUCUUUAUACAGAAGCUGGACAAAUCAGGUGGUUACAGAUGUAAGCUCGAGUUUGCUACAUAUUUCUCAGAAGUAGUAGCCGAGGGAAUUCUAAGGGAGAAAGAUGAUUAUGUGCAUCAACUGGCUGAAUUGAUCAAGUUGGGAUUCAUCCUGGAAUUCGAUGAGGCAGCUGUUGGGUUCUUGAUGAAAACAAAGAAUCUGCAGAUAUUUUUGGAGGAUGAAGAAUUCCUUUCUGCUGCCUUCACUUCCGAAUAGGCAGGAAGAACUUUACGGUUGGGUGAGGCCCUCUAUAGAUACCAAAUGGGAUUUCUGGUGUUUUGAAGUCUCUUGCAUGGAUAUUUAUCUUUUGUUAUAAAUCCCUGCUAGUUUUUAAUGCUUUCUGUUUUGUAGUUUGCUGCUCUAAGGUUUUCUAUGUAAUCUACUAAAUUUGCACUUAGAGAUACAAUUGCUUAAAAGCUUUAUUAUUCCUCUUUUCCAUGUUUUUAA